AGUCCAAGCCCCGCCCUCGGGUCCUAACGCGAGGCUCCCGCGGGGCUGUCCGCGACUGCGCCGGGCUCCGCCUGCCGUGUGGCCCGUCGGGACAGUCCCUCACCCCGGCCUGCCCUGCUGCGUGGACUCGGGCCUCAGGAAUUCCGCUGCGGCCCAAGGCUUGCCGUUUGACGAGGAGCAGUCGCGGUAGGCGGUGGGCAAGGCUGCCCUGGGCGGAGGCCGAGGUCCGGCUCGGGCUCCAGCAUGGCGACCGCGGUGCGCGCUGUGGGCUGCCUCCCCGUGCUGUGUAGCGGGACGGCAGGUCAUUUAUUGAGGAGGCAGCAUUCCCUAAACACCUUACCAGCAGCUUCCAUUUUGGCAUGGAAGAGUGUUCUCAGCAAUGGCCAUUUGUCAUCACUGGGAACCAGAGACACCCAUCCGUACGCCAGCUUGAGCCGUGCACUGCAGACACAAUGCUGUAUUUCUUCUCCCAGUCACCUGAUGAGCCAGCAGUAUAGACCAUAUAGUUUCUUCACUAAAUUGACUGCAGAUGAGCUGUGGAAAGGCGCUUUAGCAGAGACUGGUGCUGGAGCAAAAAAAGGAAGAGGCAAAAGAACUAAAAAGAAGAAAAGAAAGGAUCUGAACAGGGGUCAGAUCAUUGGUGAAGGGCGUUAUGGUUUUCUAUGGCCUGGACUGAAUGUCCCUGUUAUGAAAAAUGGAACAGUGCAGACCAUUGCCCAAAGAAGCAAGGAAGAGCAGGAGAAGGUGGAGGCAGACGUUAUCCAGCAGAGAGAAGAGUGGGAACGAAAGAAGAAGAUGAAGGUUAAACGGGAGCGAGGAUGGAGUGGAAACUCAUGGGGAGGCCUCAGUCUUGGCCCCCCUGACCCUGGUCCCAGUGGAGAAACAUAUGAGGAUUUUGAUACCAGGAUACUUGAGGUAAGAAAUGUUUUCACUAUGACUGCGAAAGAGGGAAGAAGGAAAUCGAUCCGUGUCCUGGUGGCUGUGGGGAACGGAAAAGGAGCUGCAGGUUUUGCUAUUGGGAAAGCCACUGAUCGGAUGGAUGCUUUCAGGAAAGCAAAGAACAGAGCAGUUCACCAUUUGUAUUAUAUAGAACGAUAUGAAGACCAUACAAUAUUCCAUGAUAUUUCAUUAAGAUUUAAAAGGACGCAUAUCAAGAUGAAGAAACAACCCAAAGGUUACGGCCUCCGCUGCCACAGGGCCAUCAUCACCAUCUGCCGGCUCAUUGGCAUCAAAGACAUGUAUGCCAAGGUCUCUGGGUCCACUAAUAUGCUCAGCCUCACCCAGGGCCUCUUCCAUGGGCUCUCCAGACAGGAAACCCAUCAACAGCUGGCUGAUAAGAAGGGCCUCCAUGUUGUGGAAAUCCGAGAGGAAUGUGGCCCUCUGCCCAUUGUGGUUGCCUCCCCCCGGGGGGCCUUGAGGAAGGAUCCAGAGCCAGAUGAGGUUCCAGACAUCAAACUGGACUGGGAAGACGUGAAGACUGCACAGGGAAUGAAGCGCUGUGUGUGGUCUAAUUUAAAGAGAGCCGCCACGUAACCUCUCUGGCCUUGUGCAGCCAGUUCCUGUGCUGCCCUGCACCUAGGAGAGACUCAACCCCUCACAGCUUGGGGUGUUGUCUUGCCUUUUGUUUGUUUUGAGGAAAGUUUAAUCUUUAAACUCUUUAGAAAUAAAUAAUUAUAGCUUUCGUUUAUUGA